AUGGAGGAAAUGGAGAAUGAAAACAAGGAACUUCGGGAUCAGAUGAAAGAGCAUCAGGAAAGAGUAGACAAAAUUCCCGGCGCUCCUAAGUUACUACCAAAGCGCGACGUGGGAAGAUUCGUCGAACAACCAUACAGCGAAGAAGCUGCACCUCACUCGAUCCCAAAAACCUUCAAGAUGCCACCCUACUUAAGGAUAUAUGAUGGGACGACGGACCCCGAAGACUACCUGAUCCACAAUGUGACCGCUUUGAAGGGUAACGAUCUGUCAAAGGAACCAGUACCAUCCGUACUGCUGAAAAAGUUCGGAGAAACGUUGACGGGGGGGAGGGGGGGCGCUAACAUGGUACUCACAGCUGCCAGCCAGAACAAUAUCAGUUCACAUAACGCUCUAAACACGGACGCAGGCACAGACCCCGUGAGGAAUGCACACAGGGAAGCCCGAGCCGGAGGCCAGGAAACGCGAGGAAUGGAAGAAGGAGGAUAUCAGUCUAAAAUUAGGGUCCAGGACGACCAGUUGGGAACCCCCUCGGGCUCAGUUCACCCGAACAGAUUCGCAACCAAGCCCCCGAGGGACACAGACCGGGGAUCGAGAUUUAACAAGGAAAGAUAUCGACCGUACAUCGAAGAUAGAAGGAAUGUUUCAAGGCGUAAUGCACCUCGGAAUGAUCGAAGAGUAGAUCGAGGCCAAAGCUCCCGGGGACUUAUAGGAAAAACUGGGUCUGACAGGCGCUCGGGACCAGUGGAGGCCCCUAGAUUAUCGGAAUACAACUUCAGUGUCGACGCCUCAAGUAUCGUCUCAGCCAUUAGCAAAAUUAAAGAUACUAGAUGGCCCAAGCCCAUACAGACAGAUCCUUAUCAGAGAAACCCCAACUUAAUGUGUAAGUAUCAUGGUACUCACGGGCAUAAGACCGAGGAUUACAGACAGCUUAGAGAGGAGGUAGCCCAACUAUUCAACGAGGGGGCACCUUCGUGA